AACCAGAUUGGUGGCAUUCUGCAGCCCAUCGACAAACGGCUUGUAGACAAGAUUGGAGAGCUUGUUGGCGAAGGUGUGAAAACUGUGGACGAAUUGAAGACAUCUUAGGCAAUUCGUAAAAACUGAACUAUUUCCAGGGCAAUCUCCACCAGCAUCAACAAACAGGCGCUAUUAUCCAACAGAUGUGGACAUCAGGAACCACAUGUAUCAGGCAUCAGUAAAAAAAAUCCUGUCCAAAUCUGAUCAGGAAAACCUUGAAAAGAAAAUUGAAAAUUGGUGUCAGGAGAACCCACAAGACUCUUUCUAUUUUAGACCCUGUGCCCUAUCAGCCUCAUCAACAGCUUCUGAAAGCAUGAACAAUGAGGAAACAGAUCAAAAUUGUGUUCGAGAUGAUCUUUUGUUUGCUCAUCAAACAGCCUGGCAAAAGCAACUCAUGAUCCGUUACGGAAAUGAGAUCACCCUCCUUGAUGCAACCUACAAGACAAUGAGAUAUGAACUCCCUCUAUUUUUCCUAGUGGUAAAGACAAAUGUAAAUUACAUAGUUGUGGGGUCUUUCAUAAUUCAA